GUACAAUACAAAUGACGUGUGUGGUUAUACACGUGCGCAGAAGUUAAUUCAUGGAUUAAAUACAAUAGCGUACAAAAGUCAUAAGUAGAUUAUUGUUCAUCAUUGGUAUCGAGUGUGUUAUGUGGAGCAUAUUAAGAAAGCAUUAUGGAACAAGAAGAAAUGUUAACGUAUCAAGUAAUGAAUACUAUUGAACGUAAAACUUGUGAAAAUGAUGAUAUUGAAAAUUCUGACGAAAGUGAUAGACCAUCGGGUGAGAGAUGGGCUCCAGUUGGGGCAAAUGAUGGGGAUAAUGACUUUGGUGAUGAAUAUAAAUACGUUGAUAGUAUAGGAAACCUUUCAAACGAUAUGGAAAGAUUAAAGAUUUUAGAAGAGGAGCAAGAGAUGCUUAAUUCGUCUCUUAUAGCAUUAACUACACAUUUCGCUCAAGUACAAUUUCGUCUACGACAAAUUGUCGAUGCGCCGACUAACGAAAAAGAGUCAUUGCUCAAGGAAUUGGAAGAAUUUGCUUUUAGAGGGAUUCCUGAUGUACCAAAUAAUUUAUUAUUUGAAAGCAGGUCUAUUACACCUAUUUCUCCGACAUCUUGUAAAGAAAAUCAGAUUGGAAGCAUGGUUAGUGACAUAGAUGUGGAAUCUAAAAUGGCAUUACAGAGAACUAAACAAAGGGAGUUAAUUAGUCAGCUAAAGUCACAAUUGGAAGAUUUAGAAAAGUAUGCGUACGAAAUGGGUGAUGCAGAUUUACCGCAAAGCGUUGUGCUAGAACGUCAAAGUAUAAUAAUCAAUCACUUAAAGGAAAAGUUAAAUUUCAAUGUAGACGAUUUAUGUAAGUUACCAGUAGAUGAUUUAAGGUGGCAAGUUGAUUACGCAAUAAGUCAAAUAGUUAGUCCUUUAAAGAUGAAAGAACAAUUGGUGUCCCAAUUGAAAACACAAAUUGCUGAUUUAGAACGUUUUAUAAAUUAUCUUCAAGGAGAAGUGAGUACGGAAACGUUGGCAUGCACUUGUGCUUGUCCGGUACAUACAAAUGGUUCUGCCGCAUUUAAUCAUACUAAAAAAUUUGGGAAAAAAACAAUAGAUAACGAAAGUAAAACUAAAACUUUGAAUACCGUUAAAAAGGUCGUAGCACUCUUACAUAUGUUUAUAAUAUCACAAUUGGGAUGUGGUAGCGAACGGGUUCGAAGAAAUUUGAAUAAAAAUUCAAUAUAUAAUUGGCGUGAUUUAAGAACUAGAUUAGAUAUUGCAGUUGAGCAUGUUUUAAGUACUAUCAUAGAAAACGAACAUCAGCUCGAAGAUGAAGACGUAGGUGCUGACGAAUAUACAUCUGAUUCGGAUUCUGCAUCAACUCACUGUAAUGCAAAACUAACAUCUGCGAUAAGGAAGCAUCUAGCAGCUUCCAUUAGAGAUUUGUUACAACAUGGUUUAAUGUCUGAUGUACGUUCUAACAGUGUAGUGCCAUUUAUGGGAUGUUUCCAUCAAAGAAGUCCUUCCUCUGCUAAUUUUAUGCAUGCUUGGGAACUUAUUUUAAAAUAUUACGAAAUAAAAAAUGGCCAUUAUUAUAACUCCAGUCCGGCACAAAAAUUAUCGCAAAGCUUUAAUUUAGAUCUUGUUGGUAAAGCUACGUCUGCCAAACAGAGUCUAUUAACUACUAUAGGAAACAUUAUUGCUUCACAUAGUCCUUAUAAACGAAGUCGUGAUUCACAUUUUAAAGCAUUUAUAUGUGCAGCUUUGAAUGCAAAUAAGUUGGUGGUUUGGCUAAAGCUCAUUUUACAAUGCCAAUAUCUUCUAGAAUGCCAUUACACAUCAUGGAGUUAUGUGGUGAAAACAGGAUUUCAAGACGCGUUUCACACUCUCGACAAACUUACGAGAUAUAAGUUCGAUCUGCCAGUUGACUUAGCCGUACGUCAAUUUCAAAAUAUAAAGGAUGCAUUUUGAUUGAUGGAAAAUAAAGUUACAUCGAUUAUGAUCCUUGUAUAAAAAUAUUAUAAUUAUUAAUAAGAACAAAAAAAAAAAUGUCAUGUGACAUUCCUCAUACGAUAAGUACAAUUAUGGGUGGAAGAUAAUAUCAGAAUGUAUAACUCAAAUAAGUUACUAAGUUUUUAAAUCUAUAAGAGUUAUUACAAUCAUUAGUAUUAUCGAGCAUUAAUUUUUAACCAGUAUUUUUUUGUUAGUUCCUACAUGCUCGGAAAAGAUCAUCAUUUAUGAAGUCUGCAAUAAAUAUUAAGUAAUUUCUAUCUUAAGAUAUCAUUAUAAGAGAUAUAUAUUAUCAAUAUUUAUCAAAUAUUAUCUAAUACUUUUUCUUUUUUUUUAUAUAUAUAUACAUAUAUUCAAAUUAAUUAAUUAAUAAUCUUUUGAAAAGAAAAUUUCAUUUUAUCAUUAUCAAAAUAUAUGUUGUCACAAAUAUAUAAUUAAUCAGGAAAUGAAUGUAUACAAGUGCCUGUAUAUAUACAGAGCAACCAUUAUAUACAGUGGCUUAUUAUAAUACAUAUUUGCACGCAGUAGAGUCAACCAUAAUAUGGACUGAAAAAUACAAUUAUCUUUCCAAAUACUUAUAUAUAUGCAGUCGAUAAUUUAAUACAUUCACAAUGCAUUUAGAAUAUUGCAAAUAUUAUUUGCACGAAGUAAAGACAAACACAACAAAUAAGAGAACAAGAAUUAAAUCUAAUAAAAAACAUAAGUAAAUGAUCAGUUAUAUAUUCGUAGAAAACGAGAAAAACAAUUUUAAUUAUGUAUUUCAUUUGUAAUAAUAAAUAGUCACUUAUAUCUAAUAA